AUGAGCUCCUCUCUGCCGAAAAGCGAACCCGCCGCUUCGCUGUCGAGGUCAUCGGCGGCAACUCGCAGAUCCGCGCAUCCGGAGCAAGGGGCGCUUGGUCACCGGAGUCACCGCGGUCACCGCCAUCCUAGCGGAGUACCGGAGGAUGCGGGAUGGACACAAGACCGCGAGGCUAGCGCGCGCAGACCUCUCUGUCAACCGAGACACACCGGCGGCGACCCGCGGGUCCAGACAAGCCAGUCCUACCGGCAAAGCAGCCCCCAGGAUGGCGGCUACGGCCAAGAGGACGCGAGGCACAGGAGUCAGAAAGAGCGCAGCAAGUCUUCCAGGUCCAGACACUCGCACCACCACCACCACCACGACACCUCCAGAGACGAGCCGCCUCCGGCACACCACCCGGCUGGCUCUCGCCCGGACGGACGAACCUCGUCCAUUUCAUCGUGUCCAAGCCACCCGGAUCCCGCUGCUUUCUUCUUCGAGUCCAAGGAGAGAAUGAAUACGGGGUCAUCGGCCAGCCUCAACUCUGACCUACCUGCGACGGGAGCACCUGCUCCGUCCUCGUCCAGCCGCACCAGCAAAAGACUAAGCACAACCUCGUCUGAAUACGAAUCCAGGCUGCACCCUAUAGUGAAGUCCGUUUUUGGACAGGAUCGAGAGUUGAGGCCGGAAGAAAUGGAUGAGUUACGUGAGGCUUUUAGGGAAUUUGAUAAAGACAAAGACGGCUUCAUCGGCUGCAAAGACCUGGGCAACUGCAUGAGAACGAUGGGCUACAUGCCCACCGAGAUGGAGCUAAUAGAGCUGAGCCAGCAGAUCAACAUGAACUUGGGAGGACAUGUGGACUUCGAGGAUUUCGUUGAGCUGAUGGGGCCCAAACUGCUGGCUGAAACUGCAGAUAUGAUUGGGGUAAAGGAGUUGAGGGAUGCUUUCAAAGAGUUUGAUACAAAUGGAGAUGGCCAAAUCAGCACUGCAGAGCUCAGAGAGGCAAUGAAAAAGCUUUUAGGUCAACAGGUGGGCCACCGAGAUCUGGAGGAUAUUCUGCGAGACAUUGACCUCAAUGGUGAUGGACACGUAGACUUUGAAGAAUUUGUGCGGAUGAUGUCACGGUGA